CUCCAUCCAACGCUGUUCUUCCCCCUGUUCUUCCGCGUCUAAGGUUAAGAAACAUGGCAAAGAACCCAAAAGUAUUCUUUGACAUAGCUGUAAAGAAGACCAAGGCCGGGCGCAUAGUAAUGGAACUCUUUGCAGACACCACACCAAAAACAGCUGAAAACUUUCGCGCCCUAUGCACGGGCGAGAAAGGGAUUGGGGCCUCAGGGAAGGCCCUACACUACAAGGGCUCCAUCUUCCACCGCAUAAUCCCAGGCUUCAUGUGCCAAGGUGGGGACUUCACAAGGGGCAAUGGGACCGGCGGGGAGUCCAUUUACGGGCCCAAAUUUGGGGAUGAGAACUUCAAGACGAAGCACACCGGGCCGGGCCUUCUGUCCAUGGCGAACGCGGGCCCCAACACAAACGGGUCCCAGUUCUUCAUCACCACUGCCAAGACCCCGUGGCUCGACGGGAAACAUGUUGUGUUUGGGAAGGUGGUUGAUGGGUACGAUGUUGUCACCGCGAUGGAGAAGGUCGGCUUGCCUGAUGGGAGGACUUCUGUGGAGGUUGCCAUUGAAGAUUGUGGGGAGAUUGUGGAGAAGUAGUAGUAGGCUUCUUUGUUGUCAUCAAAGAGGAUGUCUCUAGUAGUACUAGUAUUACUACAAUCUCUCCAUUCUUGUCCAAGGCUUGUCAUGAAACAUUUCUUUUAAUGGGAUUAAGGGAGUACUUUUUUUUUUUAUUGUGGCCAAUGUGUUCAUUUUUAAAAAAAUUUUGACUUUAUAUGUGUUAAGUAUAAAGUUGAAUAAGUAUGGAAUAUUAGAUAAAUAGCAAGUUGAUUU